AUGGCACCGGAUACCACGUCUGGCCCUGAGACCAAAGGGCCUGCGGCAAGCCAUAUCGAGUCUAAAGAUGGACGACCCCUCGACGACAUAUCACAAGUUCUCGAGAACGAUGGAGAGAGGGCCAAGGUCGUCCACGCUGAUGGUACUAUCGACUAUGUCGAUGCCCAUGCUCUUGGAGGAGAGGUGGAUGUCAUGCCACCAGGCUACUUUCGCAGCCCCCAGUUCAUCGGCACCGUCAUGGCACAAUGUUUCGCCAGUAUCUGCGGAUACCUCGGAUGGGUGCUCCCGGCCAACACGCUAUCACUUAUCAACGCGGAUCUCGGAAACUCGCCAAACAUCGGCUGGGCAGCUACAAUCUGGACCAUGGGGUCUUCCAUUGGAUUUCUCUUCGUUGGCCGACUAUCAGAUUUAUAUGGGCGGAAGUGGAUGGUAAUGAGCACCACAGGGCUCGGACUGGUUGGCUGCAUUCUGGCCGCUGCAUCACAGAAUGUUGCCAUGUUGAUCGUCGGAAUGGGGUGCAACGGUGUCGCUGCUGCAGGCCAGCUUUCGUUUGGGAUUGUCCUCGGCGAGCUGGUCCCCAACGAUAAGCGAGGCCCCAUCAUCACUAUCGUCUUCCUUUCCUCGAUGCCGUUUGCCGUUUUCGGCCCCAUCAUCGCCCGGUCUUUGAUCGAGAAUACCCAGCAGGGAUGGCGAUGGAGCUUCUACAUCGGCAUCAUCCUCAGCACCAUCACGCUGUGUCUGUAUCAUUUCCUCUACCAUCCGCCCACUUUCGAGCAGCUCCAUGUCGGCAAAACACGAAUGCAACAGACAAAGGAGCUGGACUGGAUUGGCAUCGCCCUGUAUAUCUCCGGAUGUGUUCUAUUCCUCGUUGGCCUGUCAUGGGGUGGCACAACCUACCCCUGGAAGAGCGCUGAAGUAUUGUGUACCCUUCUUAUUGGGAUCGCCCUCGUCGCUGUCUUCUUCGUUUAUGAGGGUUUCUUCUGCCAUGUCCAACCACUUAUGCCGCCUCGCAUGUUCCGAAACAUCGGCUUCGUGGCCGUCAUAGCCACAGCAACCAUUGCAUCCAUGGUUUAUUACUCCAUGACCGUGCUGUGGCCGACCAUCAUACAGACUGUUUACACCACAGAUGUCAAGGCCAUCGGCUGGCAGAGCUCCGUUGUUGGUGGUGGCGUGCUGCUUGGUCAGACUAUGGCGGGUUUCGCCCUCUCAUACGUCCCAAAGGUCAAGAUCCAGUGUAUCAUCGCGGCAGCGCUCGUCAUGACUUUUGUGACAUCAUUGACGUCUCUGUCCGAAGAGCGCUGGGCAGCGACUAUCGCAUUUGGCGUCCUGGCGUGCACUGCCGUCGGCUAUCUUGAGAACAUCACAUAUCCCGGCGUCACCUUGUUAUGGGAGCCACAAGAUAUUGGUCUGGCAACUGGUGUACUGGGGUCAAUCCGUGGUCUCGGGGGUGCCGUGGCCCAGGCCCUGUAUACAUCCGUCUACUCAAAUAAAUUGACCGAGUUGAUACCGGAGUAUGUUGCCCCAGCAGCUACAGAUGCUGGCCUUCCAUCAGACUCGCUCCCCACACUCUUUCAAGGAAUCACAACAGGGAACUUCAGUGCCGUUCCUGGUAUCACGGAGACGGUAACCGAGGCCGUGGGUGCUGCAUUAGUAGCUGCAAACAGGGACGCAUUCAAGCUGGUCUUCUACACGACGAUUCCUUUCUCAGCUAUCGUGCUGUUGGCCGCCUUCCUUGUUCCUAACUUUGAAAAAUUCUUGACAAAGAAUGUAGCAAGAAAGCUUCAGGAUAAAGAGUUCAGAGCAGACUUAAAGGCAGAGAAACAGCAAGAUGUGUAA